AGUAUAUUUUCUGGUUGACUGUACACAACAAGGUUGAACACAUGUAGACGAUCUGAGAGUUAAUUGACUCAAAGAUCACGACAGAGCAGGUUGUGUGUUGCUGAUAACAUGGAACUGACUUGUGUCAAUCACAACAACCACACACAAACAGAGGUGGAUCCAAAGAUCAAACCGCCUCCACAACCGCCGCCAGCUGAUGAGCCAGCUCAGAAAUUUGUGAGGCAUUACGAUAAGGAACCCUUUGACUUUGUCUCUGAACGGAACCUGUCCAAAUCUACCAACGUCCUUGAAUCGACUGGUCAUCUAAUAAAAGGAUGCCUUGGAGGUGGCAUAUUAGGCAUACAUGAAGCGUAUAUGAAAGCGGGGCUAUGGACUUCGCUCGUUCUGACGGUAGUCUACGGGUUCUAUAUCACGUACUGCGUACAUUUACUAGUAAAAUCAGCGCAAGUGCUGUACCAAAGACUGCAUGUGACCACAUUGUCGUACCCUGACGUGGCCGAGGCUGCCAUGGAGAUCGGCCCAUUCCCCACGCUGAGGAAAUACAGUAAGUGGUUCAGGUACGCAGUAGACACAGUCAUCUGCAUAGAUCUGUUCGGUGCCUGCUGCGUUUACCAGAUUAUCAUAGCGAAGACAGUCCUCCAAGUAGCCGAGGGCGUGGACGAUGACAUAAGCAGACUCCGGCUAUAUGUGCUCAUCCUGCUGGUCCCUAUACUGCUGAUGUGCAUGAUAACCACGUUGAAGUACUUGGCGCCUUUUACGUUGCUUGCCGAUGUGUUUAUCGUGGUAUGCGUGGUAGCGACAUUAUACUACAGUAUGCGCGACCCCCCACCAAUCAGCACCAUCCCUGCUUGGAAAGAUGGCAUGGGCCUGUUCGAGUUCAGUGGCAUUGCCAUCUUCAGCAUGGAGGGCAUCGGGGUCUCGCUGCCUAUUGAAAACAAUAUGAAAGACCCCCUCAAGUUCUCCACCGUGCUUUGCGCUAGUAUGUGCGUUGUGGUUUCAUUUUUGAUCUUGGUUGGAUUUUUUGGCUACUGGGGAUUUGGAGAGCUUUCGAUAUCACCAGUGACUCUGAACUUCCCUAUUGAUAGCGCGUUCCCAGUAGUCCUAAAGUGCCUAAUGGGCAUAAUGAUAUUCAUAACCUUCGCGCUAAAUUUCUGGGCGCCUUUCAACCUGGUAUGGCACUACAUGUCUAAGAAACACGAUCCUAAGAAGCACUGGCUAUGGGAAAGGGUGUACAGAGCUGUGUUCAUCGUUGGCAUUAGCGCUAUCGCUAUUGGAUUUCCUAAUAUCGGAAAUUUGAUGGGUUUGCUCGGAGCUUUUUGCCUGUCAAAUAUGGGCUUCAUCUUUCCCGCCAUCAUUGAACUACUUGUCAUUUGGGAGGACCCAGGGCUAGGCAAAUACAAAUGGCGUCUAUGGAAAAAUGUUUUAGUGCUACUAGUAGGCGUCCUGUUCUUUUUUGCCGGGACUUAUUCCAAUUUAAAAGGACUAAUAUCUAACUUACAAUGACCCAUGAUGUA